AUGUGCAAAGGCGGCGCCAGCCGAUGUCGAGAACCAGCAGGACGACCCAGAAAUGGUGCGCAAACACCGCAUUUGAGACUUGUCCGGGCGGAUAGUAUGCUAACUACUGCACUCAAGAACAACAACUACAUCAACCCUCCCCGAAUUAAGCGAUCGAAACGCGAUCCCUACGCCGACUGGGACGAUAAGCAGGAAAUGCGCAAUUUCGGUGAACCCGUCCACGAAGACAAUGACGUCCUAGGUGUCUUCUCACUGCACGACUAUACUUUCAUGUCCACCGCCCGAGGUCUGCUUCUGUGGGCGGGCUUUAUCUCGGCCGUGCUGGGCAUAUACUAUGGAGUGUCGGCCACAUAUCCGGGCAAACCAAGUGCUCCCAAGGAAUACGAGGGCGGCUUGUUCGAAGAGCUUGGGGGUCCUGGCGCCGUGCGGGCGCGCAUGGCAGGUGACCCCGUGGACGACGAACAGGUAACCGGCGAUCUCCAACACAAGCCCCAGAUAUCACGAGACGUCGUGCUGAACCAGGACCGCGAGACACAGGUCUGA